AUGUCUGUUCCUAUCACACAACAAUCCACUAUCUUGGCUAAGUACCUUGAUUUGGACCAAAGAGGAAAGAUUUUGGCAGAGUACGUUUGGAUCGAUGCCGAAGGUAACACCAGAUCCAAGUGUAGAACUUUGGACAAGUCUCCAUCAUCAGUUGAUGACUUGCCAGAAUGGAACUUUGACGGUUCUUCUACUGGUCAAGCUCCUGGUCAUGACUCUGAUGUUUACUUGAGACCUGUUGCAUACUACGCUGAUCCAUUUAGAAAGGGUGAUAACAUUAUUGUUCUUACUGAAUGUUGGAACAACGAUGGUACUCCAAACAAGUUCAACCACAGACACGAAUGUGCUAAGUUGAUGAAGGCUCAUUCUAAGGAAGAAGUUUGGUUUGGUUUGGAACAAGAAUAUACUUUGUUUGAUCAAUUUGACAAUGUGUAUGCUUGGCCACAAGGUGGUUUCCCAGCUCCUCAAGGUCCUUACUACUGUGGUGUUGGUACCGGUAAGGUUUACGCUCGUGAUGUUAUUGAAGCUCAUUACAGAGCUUGUCUUUACGCUGGUGUCAACAUUUCUGGUAUUAAUGCUGAAGUUAUGCCAUCUCAAUGGGAAUUCCAAGUUGGUCCUUGUGAAGGUAUUCAAAUGGGUGAUCAAUUAUGGAUUGCUCGUUACCUCUUGCAAAGAACAGCUGAAGAAUUCGGUGUUAAGAUUUCCUUCCAUCCUAAGCCAUUGAAGGGUGACUGGAACGGUGCUGGUUGUCAUACCAACGUUUCUACCAAGUCUAUGAGAGUUCCAGGUGGUAUGGAAGUCAUUGACGCUGCUUUGGCCAAGUUGGCUAAGCGUCAUAAGGAACAUUUGGCCUUGUACGGUAGUGAUAACGACUUAAGAUUGACUGGUCGUCAUGAAACUGCCUCUAUGGAAGCUUUCUCCUCUGGUGUUGCUAACAGAGGUGCUUCUGUUCGUAUUCCAAGAUCUGUUGCCAAGGAAGGUUACGGUUACUUUGAAGAUCGUCGUCCAGCUUCUAACAUUGACCCAUACUUGGUCACUGGUAUCAUGGUUGAAACCAUUUGUGGUUCUAUUCCAGAUGCCGACAUGUACAAGGAGUUUGCUAGAGAAUCUACUGAUUAA